AUGAAACAGAGUUUCUUUCUCUUCUUGGAGAUACUGCUGCUGCUGCUGCUGCUGCUGCUCCUGCUGCUGCUGCUGCUGCUGCUGCUGGUGGUGCUGGGGGUGGUGGUGGUGGUGGUGGUGGUGGUGGGGGUUGGCGUGGUGUGGGUGCUGGACAGACACGAGCUCCUGCUGCUGCUGCUGCUGCUGCUGCAGCAGCAGGAACUGCAGCAACAGCAGCAGCAACAGCAGCAAAGGCUGCAGCAGCAGCAGCAGCAACAGCAGCAGCAGCAGAAGCAAGAAAGGGUUUAUCUUUAUGGGUAG